GUUUAUAAUGAUUCAUAAAUGAAUCAUUACUAUUAAUAGGGUUUGACUUCAAUGUUGAAACUUGUAUAGAUUCUUAACUUUUUUUUAUCAUUUUGAUUGAAAUAACAAAGCUGAUAAAUGUAAGUGAUAGUUUUAUUAAAAUAAUCCAAGUCCAGUCAAUAAUUUUAUUAAAGCAGUUCAAGAAGGUUAUGUAAAUAACUCAUGUUUGAAGAAGCAUAUGUAAUUUUUUAAGUUCUAUUUACAUUGUUAAAUUUUAAAAUUAUUCUAAACAUCAAAAUUGUACAAAUAAAAGGCAGAAAAUAUUCUUCUUCCAAAAAUUAAUAUCAAUAGUUCUACUAUAGUAUUUGUCAAAACAGUUAUUAUUUAUUCCUAAAUAAAAAUGGGACAGUUUCAUGGCAGUGGUAUGACUACUCGCGUGAUGUAUGAUGAAAAAAGCGAUAAUGGAUUAGUUCUUGGUGGAAAAUAUUUACCAGAAGAACUAUUAGCAGAAAUUUUUUGUUAUGUUGAUUAUAAAUCAUUAUUAAAUUGUCAAUUGGUUUGCAAACUUUGGAAAAUUUUAAUUCAAACUUAUGUUUGGCGUAAAAAAGCAGAAAUUUCUUUCGGUCGAUCACUUCUUUUGUAUAAAGAUGUGCCUUGGCAUGUGUAUUAUUUAAUGUGUAAAAAGAAACCUUUUGAAAGAAACUUAGUGAAAAAUCAUUCUGGACAAUGUGGAAGGCACAAAUACUGGAAAGUUCUUAGUGAAGGUGGUGAUUGUUGGAAAGUAGAAAAUCCUCCAGUGGGAGUUACACCUUUGCCAAAUAACGAACUUAUUUUUGAAGGAAAACAAUUCUGUUUUGUUACUUCUUACCGCAGUUGCACUAAAGCACAAAUAAUUGACCUAGAAGCCGAAGGAUUUACAUCAUAUAUGCUAGAUGAAUUACAACCUAUAAUAGUGGUGAGUGAGUGGUACAGUUGUCGUUGGGAUUGUCCAGCUAUAUAUGAAUGUGCUAUCAAAUUAUUAGGGGAAAAUAAUAGCGUCAUAGACCUUUUUCACUUUCGUGAUAGUAUUGAAGGAGAAAAACAAAAUCAGUGGCAUCAGAUGUCACAUGAGUUUAAAAACUAUGGACCUGGACUCAGAAAAAUUUCUUUUUAUCAUGGCGGUGCUGAUAAAUUAUUUUGGGCUGGACACUAUGGUAGUAAAAUGGCAGGCGCAUGUGUAUAUGUGAAAAUUCCUACUUAUCAACUUCACGAAAAUGAAUAAAUCAAUAUAUCACCUAAUGUGGACUAAUAAAAUAUAAUGUAGAAUAUGUUAUCGAAUGAAAUUGAAGUAAAUUUUUAUUAAAAAUAUUAAUCAUGUUCGUACGAUUAGAAACUAUUUUCAAAAUAUUUAUAUUAUUCAAAGUACAAUAUUUCGUUAUAAAUAUUUGUAUAUCUUAUCAUUGAGCUAUUAAGAAUAUUUAUUAAACUGUAUAUAAAAAUUACAAUGUAAUAUGAAUUUUGAGCAUAUAUAAUAUAUAAUGUUGUAUAAUAUAAUGAUUACAAUGAUUAACAUUUUGUGCAAACUUACACAAAUAAUAUAUAUGUAUAUGUAAUAUCAUAUUUUAUAAAUGUUGCAUAAUUAUAAAAAAUAAAAGUAUUUAAUGCUCUAUA